UGUCGUUCUACAAUUGUGUAGUUCCACUUACAAUUACAAGUUUUAAAAAAUAACAGAAAUGGUCAGUCUCUUCAGGCUAAAUGUUAUAUUAAUUCUCUGGAUCUCAACAAUGCAUAUGUGGAGGUGUUACCCUAUUGUCCCUUCUAAGGUGUCUGGAAAAUCUGAUUACUGUCUACUCCAGAUGAACCGUUGCCUAGCCAAGGUGGAUGGGUCUGAAGAGCUAGCGUUGUUAAAACCUUUCCUGAGGAAGGUGUUUAUUAAAAGGUCCUUUCGAAAUGGGGUUGGAUCAGGAAUUAAAAAGAAUUCAUUUCAAAGAAUGAAGUCGUAGACAAGUGCCUGAGGAAAUAGACCUAUACAUGAAGAAAGAAAAAGUUUAACUGGAUGUGGUUAAAAUUGUUUGUAGUGCAUUUUAGAUGAUGAAACCAUCAGAGACAAAUGUAUCAGUGUGUUCAUAAUGUAAACAGAUCUUUAUCUGAAACAGUGGAAGCAAAUGUGAUUGUUCAAGCAGGCAUUUUUUCAGAGUUACAGAGUAUGCAUUUUAUUCUAUUUGUAUUAAAAAGUAUUUUUAAUUUAAUGCCACCUGUUAGAAACUAUGUUUCGUAACA